AGCCCCGUCCGUCCCCAUCCUUUGUCGCCACCUCGAUCGUCCUCCUCCCUUUGUCUUCUUCCACUCCCCUCGUGAUAAAUCCUCUGGCGAAUCCUCACGCUGCUCGCUACUCGCCAGUGGCGGACGCUUGCGCCCCGCCCGCGUGAGACAAAACCCCACAAGGAGUCCGCUUUUGUUUCUUACUCGAUCCCCUUGGCGGCUUCCGCGGCCACCGAAUAAAGCGGCCGACGAUUGCGACGCCAGGAAAGCGAGGCAACGCAACAUCCUUCCGAAUGCAGACACCGAAGCGAUCGCGGACAAAAAGGCUUCGCUUUUGUCCUUCCAACCUCGAUCUUCUUUCUUUCCUUCCCAAUCCGCCCCCCAAUUCUUCUACCUGUCCGUGCGAUUUGUGUGGUCGCGGAGGUGGGAGAGAGUCGUUGCGUAUCUUAGCAAAUCUCCGCGGAGAAGGACGUGUUCCAGGUGAAGAAAUCGCUUUUUUGGACCGGUUUGAUGGAGAAAGGGGCCUCCUUUGUAUGCUUUUGAAUCGAUCUUCUUCUUCUUCUUCUUCUUCUCCUCCUCCUCCUCCUCCUCUUGUGUCGCCGGAGCUAGCUUUGGCGGGAGAAGAUAGAUAGAGAGGAUCGAUCGAGAAAGGCGGCUGAUUUGCGCGAUUUUUUUAGUCGAUUUGAGUUGUUGAGGUUUUCUGCGAUUGUUUUCUGUAAGUUUGGAUCUAGUUCGCUGUCGGCAGCCGGUAAAAAUGGCGCCUUUGGUGGGCAACGUGCCGGUCCAGGAGGACGGCUCGUCCUCGGUGUCUUCUUCGCCCCUCAAGACCUUUUCGUUGAUGUCUAUUCCGCCGCCGUCGCCCUACUCGCCGUGGCUGCACGAGCUCAAGUCCGACGAGCGGGGCCUCUGCCUGAUCCACCUCCUCCUCAACUGCGCCAACCACGUUGCCGCCGGCAGCCUCGACGGCGCCAACGCCUUCCUGGAGCAGAUCGCGCUGCUGGCCGCUCCCAACGGCGACGCGAUGCAGCGCAUCGCCUCCCACUUCUCCGAGGCGCUCGCGCGGCGCGCCCUCCGCCAGUGGCCGGGUCUCUACCACGCCCUUGACUGCGUUCACCCCGUCGCGGAGGCAGCCGCCGCCCGCCGCCACUUCUUCGAUCUUUGCCCCUUUCUCCGCGUCUCCUACGUCGUCUCCAACCAAGCGAUCAUGGAGGCGAUGGAGGGGGAGAAGGUGGUGCACAUCGUCGACCUCAACGCCUCCGACCCCACGCAGUGGCUCUCCCUCCUCCAGGGGCUGAGAGCGCGGCCCGAGGGCCCGCCGCACCUCAAGAUCACCGGCGUCCACGAGCACCGCGAGCUUCUCAACCACGCCGCCGUCUGCCUCUCCGAGGAGGCCGAGCGGCUCGACAUCCCCUUCCAAUUCAACCCGGUCGCCACCAAAUUGGAAAACCUCGACGUCGAGACCCUCCGCGUCAAAACAGGGGAGGCGUUGGCCAUCGGCUCUGUCCUCCAGCUCCACACCCUUCUCGCCACCGAGGCAGUUCAACAAGAGGCGCCAGCGCCGGUCGGCCAGCAGCUGACGAUGGGAGAGUGCCUCGACAAGGACCACAGCUCGAUCAGCGACUCGGCAAUGCCGUCGUCGCCAGCGGAGAGCUUCCUGGCCUCGUUGUGGGGGCUGUCGCCCAAGGUAAUGGUGGUGACGGAGCAGGAGGCUGACCACAACGGCAGCGCCCUGAUCAAGCGGUUCGUCGAGGCGCUGUUCUAUUACGCGGCGCUGUUCGACUGCCUCGACUCCACAGCCGCGCGGUCGUCGGUGGAGCGGCUGAGGCUGGAAAAAGUGCUGCUGGGGGAGGAGAUCAAGAACAUCAUCGCCUGCGAGGGGCUGGAGAGGAAGCAGCGGCACGAGAAGCUGCAACGGUGGGCGCGGAGGCUCGACGCCGCGGGCUUCGGGCCUACCCCCCUCAGCCACUGCGCGCUCCUGCAGGGCCACCGCCUGCUGCCGAACUUCGGGUGCAAAGGGUACAAUCUGAGGGACGACGGCGGUUACUUGAUGAUGUCCUGGCAUGACCGCCCUCUCUUCUCUGUUUCAGCUUGGAAAUGCAACGGAUUCCGUUGAAUUUCAUUUCUUCUUUUUUCCUUUUUCCUCCCCUUCUUCUUUCUUUUUAUUCUACUUCUUCUUUGUUGUCGUUCUUGUUCUUCGAUUUCUUCUUCUUUCUCAUCCUUCUUCCUUCUCUUCUUCUUCGUCGUCAUUCAUCUUCUUCUUCCUUUCCCUCUUUCAAUUCUUCCUCUGUGCAUGCACAUAGAUGUUUUUGCUCUUGUGAUGUUAAUUCACAAACCAUUUGGAACAGAUUGUUGUGUCUUUCCAUUUGUUUCUCAUUAGAUUAAAAUCUCAACAGCAUGAUUUUGUGUGACA